AACCGUUUUGAGCGGCCAAAUCCGGGCUACAAGGAAACCAUGAGCAAACACGAGGACUCGUGUGACAGGCUGGAUACUGAGUUUGACCAUUUCCUGUUGGACAUGAAGCCAUAUGUUCUUAAACACCACAACAAGACAGAGCGCCAGCGAUGUGCAAUAUGGAUAAAGAAGCUGUGUGAUCCGACUGCAUGUGGUUCGGGUGUGACGGGUCGUAAGAACCGCAACAUGCAUGCCCGCUUGCUCCUUUACAUGCUUCAAAGAGGAGUCUUGGAGAGGCCUUUCACCAGCAAACCAGAUCCUGGCAGCCUCAAGACACUCCCGACCUACAUGUCCAUCUACUUCGAUGAGCCACUGAGUGGUCGACCUGUGGAGCAGAGCGAUGCAGGUCUGCCUGACUGGGUGACGGGAGAGCUGGGUCGCUACAGUGAUGACAGUUUGGCUGCCAGUCUGCUUCAGGACCCAGCCAGUUCCACACCUAUUGCAGCUCACCACAGGAGAAGACUGUAUGAGGAAAAGCCUCCAUCACGGCCGAUGUCCUCCAGUCCACUUAAACAUGAUGCCAGGAUGGUGGAUGUGAGGCUGAAGGCAGAUAUGUCUCCGGAUGACAGUGACCUGGAGGCUCGUCUCAACAGCUGGAACCUGGGGAUUGAAAACCCGAGGUAUUUGCGAGAAAACCCCGUUUCCUUCUCUCCAACUUUCAAGCCGGGUUUUGGGAGGAACAGCACCCUAGCAGAGGAUCAGGGCCCACAGCCUGCACACAGCAAGGGGGUGUACAGCACAAAUGAGAUGAAGAUCAAAGUUCUGGAGUCCAAGCACCAGGAGGAGAAGCUGAAGAUGCAACAGAGACACGAUGCAGAUGUUGAGAAAAUUCUGGACAGAAAGAACGGCGAGAUCGAGGAGACGAAGAGCAUUCACCGGGCCAAGCAGAAGGAGUCGGAGGAGAUGAUCCGUAAGCUGGAGAGGAGAGUUCAAAGUGCGCUGCGGGAAUCCCAGGUCAUCUGCGAGAGCAAAGAGAAGCAGAUCGCCGAGCUGAAGAAGAUGUCGGAUCAGAGCACCGACUCCAUGAAAAACGAGUGGGAGAAGAAGCUGCAUGCCGCUGUGACCGAGACAGAGCAGGAGAAGUUUGCACUGCAGAAGAAACACACGGAGAGCAUCCAGGAGCUGCUGGAGGACACCAACCUCCGGCUGGCGAAGAUGGAGGCCGAGUAUAACGCUCGGUCACAGGCAACUGAGCAAACGGUGCGUGAGCUGGAGCUGCGGGUGAAGCAGCAGUCUGUGGAGGUGGAGAAGGGCAACGCGCUGCGCCAGAGGGUGACCCAGGAGAAAGCCCAGUUGGAGAUUCACAUCGCAUCCAUCGGCGCCGAACUGCACGAGGCCAACAGACGAAAUGUGACCGUGCAGAAGGAGAAGGAGCAGCAGAGUGAGCGCCACGAGCAGACUCUGCUGAAGCUCCAAGCCAAGCAUGAGACUGACCUGAGCCACUUGCAUCAGGAACACGAUCUGUCCGCUGCUAAGUCCUCCGAGGUGAUGGAGGACUUGGAGAAAACUGUGGCGCUACUCAAACAGCAGCUCCUGGACAGUCAACUCCGAAGACACCAACAAGUCAGGGAUCAAGAGAUGAAGUUUCACCUGGAAAAAGAUGAAGUGCGGAUCAACUGUGAGAAAAAGGUUUUGGCAAUCCACAGUGAAGCAGAGAACGAGAGAACAGAAGCUAAGAGGAAGAUGGCCAAACUAGAAGAUGCACUCAGGGAGAUGGAGAGCCAGCUGGACCGAGCCAGAGAGAGCCAGAGGCAGCAGAUCCAGCAGGCCGAUUCGGCCCUGGAGCAGUUCAAGAAGCAGGUGGAGCUCAGCGCCGAGAAGACCUACGCCGAGGUCAAGCUCCAGAUGGAUAAGGUAGAGGAGGACCUGAUCCGCUCCAAGUUCCUCAGGGAGAACCAGGCCAAAGAGUUCUCGCAGCAACUUGAAGCCCUCAGACAGAAAUACGAGCAGCAGAUGGCUGAGCAGCGCACGCUGCACGAGCAGGAGAGGACGCGGCUACAGCAGCAGCACAGCGCGGAAAAGGACAGCCUGGUCCAGGAGCGCCAGUGGGAGGCGAGCAGCCUGGAGAGGCAGGCCAGGGCAGCCCUGCAACAGCACCAACAGCACACCCAGGAGUGGAGGAAGCGCGAUGCCCAGGCGAUUUCCGAUCUGGGAGCCCAGUGUUCCGGUCUCCGCGAUGAACUCCAAGGAGCCCAUGCGCAGCACAAGCAGCAACUGGCGGAGAUGGCGUUACUCUCGGAGGAGGAAAAACGAAUGUCGUUCCUGGACAAAGAGGCGUCCCUGGACCGACUCCGCUCCGACAUGGAGCGCAUCCGCGGCGACCUUGAGGAGAGCCACCAGCAGGAGAAGAAAGCGGCUCAAGAGAAGACCAACAGCCGGCUGAAGCAGAUUGAGAAAGAGUUCAGUCAGAAGCUCGCCAAGUCGGCCCAGCUAAUUGCGGAGCUUCAGACAUCUGUGUGUGACUGGAAGGAGGAGGCCGUCAGUCUGCACCAGGCGAUGGAGAAGCAGUUGAAGGAAUCCAAUGUUCUAUGGGACGAGGAGAGGAGGACGAUAAUUCAACACACCGAUCGGGCCAACAAGGCUCUGCGGGAAAAGGUGGAAAUUCUCCAGAGGCAGCUGCACUGCUCGGAGAAGAAGCUGCUCGGCAAAGAGCUCGAGACCGAGGAGAAGGUGACGGUGGUGCGUCAGCAGUACGAGGAGAAGAUCAAAGGCCUGAUGCCAGCGGAGCUGCGGCAGGAACUGGAGGACACCAUCACCUCUCUGAAAGCUCAGGUGAACUUCCUUCAGAAGAGGGCCGCCGUGCUGCAGGAAGACCUGGAUGCCUGUCGCAGCAGGAGGUAACCUCGGCAGAACCACAGCCGGACGCCACGCCGGGAUAUGAAGGACACGACGGCCAAUCAGAUGUGAGCAUUAUCGACUGUUCCAAGUAUUCACACAUCCGUCAUGCCACUGGACCCGUCAUCUUUUAGUUUAAUGUGCUGUUGCCUCUCAUAUAAACUAUUUGUUCAUUGUCGGAUUUUAGUUUUGCUCUGUCUUGUUGGGGGAAAGAAAGAAAUAUUUAUGUUGACAACUGGUUACAUUGUUACAUUUUAUAUAUAUUUUUACAUUGUUACUUGAUACCCUUAUUAUUGAUAUUUGAGAGACAUUUCUUACCGAAAUCCGUCAAUUUUAAUAAAAGACUUUUUCAUAAUUUC